AUGGGCAACACAUUUUCCAGCCCUACGAAGGACGAGACACGACCUGCCAAUAGGCUCUCUAAGCCGUUGACCAAGAGACUUGCUGCCCUGAGCUCACCUGUGCAGACUGAUGCCCCGGAGUUUGGUUCAGGCUUGAUUGGAUGGCAGAAUCCAUGGGUAGGUUCACACAUCUCUCAAGAUGUCAAGAACAGAUACCCAAAGGCGCGAGAGAUCCCUCCCACGGUGUUUGAAUCAGUGCCCGAUCUACCAGAACACCUCGUGGAAGAUAUUGCCGAGACACCACAGUCGGCAAAUGGGCCAGAUGGCGACGCUCUUUCACCGCGAUCAGGUUCUCUUUCCGCCAGUGCCUCCGUUCGGCGGGCCUCAUACCAAGCUGGAACCCUGGCCGCUGCGUCGGACUCCUCUUUAGUCCCGGAACAGCCAAAGCGAGCCAACUCCAUUCAGACCCCCUUGCAAAGGCAUCGAAGCGCAAUCUAUGGAGACAAGGCUCAUGAGGCAACGUCCUCCAACACGCAUUUUAUGGUUGGUAAUCAACGCUUCUCGCUCUCACGCCGGCGCUCUCUCCUGACGCGACCCGGCGUUGCAACUCGACGGACCACCGGGAACAUGCGACGUGUACCGUCGCCAAUCGGUGAACCCGAGGGUCCCACGGACGAUCUUUCAGAGCCUCCUGUAUUGCAAUGGCCUCUACCGCCCCUCCAACGACCCUCACCUCCCGUCUCGACACCGAUGAGACCGACUAGUCCCGCAGACCCUCGGUAUACCCAGCUCGGGGCUUUGAAACUCGGAUCAUUGCGAGUAGUUAAUGGGUCUGCCUCGCCGUGCCCGAGUGAGCGAAUCCCACUUGGUCCACCCCAAGUUGCCGAGUCAGGCCUAGGGUUAGAUCGUCUUGAAACUCUACGGCCCCAGGGAUCCACUCUUGAGAUCCCCGCCAUGCCCGAUUUGAAGAAAUCUGAUGAUGUCCCGGGAAGUCCCUUCUCGUUCGAAAAGUCUCCGACGAUCAGUGUGGCCCCGCGACAGAAAACCAUCUUCCCUGGUGAAUUGGAGGAUGAGGGGAUCGUCAUUUGUGAUGAGGGUCUUACUCAUUCGGAGAAGAACCAGGACUCCAUGGGUACGGUCAUUGAUCGCAGCACGUCUCGAUCACUGAACAAGACCGACAGUGGCUAUAGUUCUGCUACUUCAAUUCACUCUGUUCAGCGGAGCCGCACCCGGGCAUCUUUUGACUCGCAAUCCUCGGGCUCGGGUAUAGCAGAUACCACGAACAGUAUCCGCAUCACAAGUGAGCAAUCACAAGCUAUGGCAGAUCAGGACAUCCAGAGACGGUUUAGCCUCAAAGAGGUGAAGGUCGGUAACUUCUCCCGCCUGUAUCCGAAUUCUUCCCGUUGGUACGAUUCAAGUGUUGCUACCAGUGCCCAAUCUGCUGGACCCCGGGCACGUCGAUCGACGCUAUGCGCUCCACGGAAUACAGAGUACCCUGUACAGAAUGGCCAUGUCAGCUACGGCUACCAGUCUUUUAUGGCUGGUUCUUCCUACACAUUUGUCUCCGACGACGAGCCCCCUGUCUCAACUCGUGGAGCUCUCUACGGGGACCAGUUCUCGACGAGCACGUUGAACGUUGUACAUGACACAGGCUCGACCGCGACAUUGGAAGCUCUCGACCCAAGCCGACAGGUCAGAAGCACCCGGUCAAGCUUGGAGGUCGAUCAGGCUAUCUCUGGCCACCGCAGCGGAAAGCAUGGCUCGGCUGCUUCUCACUCCCGCUCUCGCUCUCGAAGUAAGCCCGGACAUCAGGUCUGGCGCCAUAACUCGGUGAUUGAGAUUCCUCAGUUACCUACGAUUUUGUCUCCAGGCCACCUUGCACAUGAAUUUGAUAAGGAGACUGAAUCUCCGCCUACCUCUGAGCCUCAUCGCGGUCGACCUCGAAGUCGCAGUCACGACUUCCGCCGUCGGAAGUUGAUCAAGGCGCAUCCUCAACUUGAUGUUCAUAUGACGACCUCCCCUUACGCGCUUUAG